AUGGGUAAAGCCCAGCAAUCCAAGCGCAGCGGCGCUUCGGAUUCGCCGUACCAACGACCGAGCAAUGGCUCCGGGAAAGCUGCUGCCACCUCGUCGAAAAACAACGUCUUCAAAUUCAAUACCAACUUUGGCCAACAUAUCCUCAAGAACCCCGGUGUCUCGGAUGCCAUUGUCGAAAAGGCCUACCUCAAGCCCACAGACACCGUUCUCGAAAUCGGCCCGGGGACCGGUAAUUUGACGGUUCGGAUUCUAGAGCGAGCCAAGAAGUGUAUUUGCGUCGAGCUGGAUCCCCGCAUGGCUGCCGAAGUGACCAAGCGUGUGCAGGGCACGCCCGAGCAGAGAAAGCUGGAGGUCAUCUUGGGCGACGUGAUAAAAACCGAGUUGCCGCCAUUCGACGUCUGCAUCUCAAAUACACCAUACCAGAUCUCUAGCCCCCUCGUGUUCAAACUCCUGGCCAUGCCCAACCCGCCACGAACAUCCGUCCUCAUGUUCCAACGCGAGUUCGCCCUCCGCCUGACAGCCCGCCCCGGCGACGCCCUCUACUCACGCAUCUCCGUCAACGCCCAGUUCUGGGCCAAGAUCACUCACAUCAUGAAGGUCGGCAAGAACAACUUCCGCCCACCGCCGCAAGUCGAAUCCUCCGUCGUCCGCAUCGAGCCCAAAGUAGGCAAGGACAGACCAAACGUCAGCUGGGACGAGUGGGACGGCCUGCUACGAGUCUGCUUCGUGAGGAAAAACAAGACCCUCCGAGCCAGCUGGCUGGGCACGAGGGAGGUCCUGACCAUGGUGGAGAAGAACUACCGGACUUGGUGCGCGUUGAAUGGCGUUGCGGUCGAUGAGAGGGAGCUAGACGGUGACGAUGCCGCCGAUGAGCAGGUCGGCGAGGAAAUGGACACGGGAGACCACGAUGACGAUGGCGGCGGCGGCGGCGGCGGCGCUGCGGACGGCAUGGACAUUGACGGCCAAGACGUGCCCGACUUUUUCAAGGAGAUGAGCAGCUCGGCGGGCGCUGCCGUGUCCAAGACGAGGAGCAGGCGCAAGAAGACGGUGGUUGCGGAGCUUGUGCGCGAAAAGAUACGCAAAGUCCUCGAGGACGUCACCGAGCUCGCCGACAAGCGCUCCGGCAAGUGUGACGAGAACGACUUUUUGCGUCUGCUGUUUGCCUUUAACGAGGAGGGCAUCCACUUCUCAUGA